UUCUGCGCGCAGGGAAUCAGGUUUCUGCGCGCAGGGAAUCACGUUUCUGCGCGCAGGGAAUCACGUUUCUGCGCGCAGGGAAUCACGUUUCUGCGCGCAGGGAAUCACGUUUCUGCGCGCAGGGAAUCACGUUUCUGCGCGCAGGGAAUCACGUUUCUGCGCGCAGGGAAUCAGCAGGCUAUGCUGCUAGAGGGGAGGGGUUACUUUUGUCGUCACACAAACGUAUUUUGCCAGAGGAGGCGAUAAAAAAAACUAAGGAGCUAGACAUGUCUUCACAUUCGAAUAGUAAUGUAGCCCGGGGAAUCGCCGAAGAAAUAAUUAACAACCCGGAAAUCCUUCAACGCCUGGAAAGUGCCCUGAAUGGUAAAAACAAUCGUAUGCCUACUACAAGACAGGAGACAUCAACUAUUGAUGAAGAAGUUCGUCAAUUGUUUCAAGGGCGGAAUGUGGUCGCUGAUCGUCCCGCUCAAAAUAAUUCCCCUGCAUUCAAUAUGCAAAGAAACUUUAUCACAGCCGGAGCAGUUCCAGGGAUUUUAAAUAGAAGGGCCAGAAAGAGACCCAGAAAUGUUUGUGGCCCUUUCCACAAAGAUGUUUGUCUACUAACGGGUCCCAAUGACACAGACAUCCCGAAAGGCAAAAUACGCUUAUACCUGGCAGAGCAAGGGCAUCUGGUUUUAGGUGUGAGAUUUAUGAAGGAGUGGGAGCCACAUGAGGUGCAAAACCACUUGCACACAGUCUUUGAAAGAAUCCUGACAGAAAACAUUCAAUUUGAAAUAAUGGUGACACUCAACAACAAAUUAAUAAAGCCAAGUCUGGAGCGAGACCAAAAGAUGAAUGGACUGUUACUAAAUAACAUUUUCAAGGACAAAACUGUGUACCUUCGUCCAUCUUUACAACUGCUGGUCGUUCCUGCAAAUGCAAAGAAGAACAGAGGUACUCUGUCAAAUAAUGAUGAUGAUGAUAUUGAAAUAGAUUUGACUGAUUCCAGUCCACCAAUGAACAGCCUGAAUGUAACAGUUCUUCAGGUCAUUGAGGAUGCUCCUUCAGAACUCAUAGAUGCUCCAUAUUCGACAGCAGGUUCAGAUGGGCCUCUUAUCAUAACAGAAGAAGAAAAUACCACAGUUUCCAGGGUUCUUGAUUGUCCGAGGUAA